AUGAUGCGAAAAAAGGUUUUGUUGAUGGGUAAAAGUGGUGGUGGCAAAACCUCUAUGCGUUCAAUCAUUUUUGCUAAUUACAGUGCUAAGGAUACUCGACGUCUCGGUGCAACAAUGGAUGUUGAACAAUCAUACGUUCGUUUUCUCGGUAAUUUAAUUUUAAAUCUAUGGGACUGCGGUGGUCAAGAAGCGUUCAUGGAAUGCUAUUUUACCGCACAAAAAGAUAAUAUUUUCAAAAAUGUCGAAGUACUCAUCUAUGUAUUCGAUGUUCAGAGUCAAGAAUUAGAUAAAGAUUUACACUAUUACCAGUCAUGCUUAGAAUCUAUUUUACAACAUUCAAGUCAUGCGAAGAUCUUUUGUCUCGUACACAAGAUGGAUUUAAUAUCGGAAGAUAUGCGCGAAACAAUAUUCGCGGAACGACAAAACAUCUUAACGGAUCUAUCGAAACCAUUACAAUGUUCAUGUUUUCGAACAUCGAUUUGGGAUGAAACAUUGUAUAAGGCUUGGUCACAGAUAGUUUAUCAACUAGUCCCAAAUGUCAAAGGUUUGGAGAAAACCUUGACAAACUUUGCGGAAAUCAUCGAUGCUGAUGAAAUUCUACUCUUCGAAAAAGCCACUUUUCUGGUCAUUUCACAUUGUACACGGAAAGCUCACCGUGAUCCUCGACGAUUUGAGAAGAUCAGUGAUAUUAUCAAACAGUUCAAACUAUCCUGCAGCAAAUUAACUGCCGCAUUUCAAUCGAUGGAAGUCCGAAAUUCAACAUUUGCUUGUUUUAUUGAGUUAUUAACACCGAAUACUUACGUCAUGGUUGUUAUCAGUGAUCCAACGAUUUCAUCAGAAGUGACAUUAAUGAAUAUUCGCAAUGCUCGGAAAGUAUUCGAAAAGCUCGAAAAAGAUGUUGCUCGAAAUUAG